GUUCGUAGUUUGUUAUGUUUCAUAACAAAGUUGUUGUGUUCAUUGCAUAGUGUACAUCUUGUGUAAACUUUUAUGUACCUUCCUAUUAAAUGUGAAUCAUUGAGGUACCUAAUUUAUUAUUGCAAUUUCUUAUCCGCGUUUGAAUCAUUUUCAGCCAACGUCAUGCCAUCAUCUACUGAAGACAUCAAAUAUUCAGCAAAGUAUGAAGACGACACUUAUGUUUACAGGCACGUAAUUUUACCUGAAGAUUUGGCCAAAAAAUUGCCCAUUACUCAUUUAAUGACUGAAACAGAGUGGCGAAAUAUUGGCAUUCAAAUGUCAACCGGGUGGAAGCAUUACAUGAGACAUGGACCAGAGCCUCAUAUUGUGCCAUUCAGAAGAUUGAAAUCUGAUGAUGAUGAAUAAUUAUUAUAAUUUUAAUAUUUAUUGCCUAAACGUAUUAAAACAGUUUUUUUAUUCCAUUUUUUUUCUUUUAUAAGUUAUUAUAAAUAUAGUAUGUACUUUAAAUUAUUAUCUAUUCUAAACCAUAACAAUUAAUGUUUCCUUUUGUGUGUUGUAUUAAAGUGUAAUAUUAUACUUAGCU